AUGGUGAAAAAGGACCUUUACCAACCUCUUAGUGGUGAGAAUGAUCACCCUGUGCCUGUUCUACGGGCCUUCAAUACUCACCUUCUGGCAGAUGGAAGAGCCAAUGUGAUCCGGCAUUUUCGAUCCGAGGAUAGGCAAGCAUGGCAGUCUAGAAAUUUUAUCUCGCAUACUCGAUUCGGUGUUGAUUCUUCGUCGCCAUCUGCUGGACGAAUGGACUGGACGACCAUCUGUACAUUGCGCACGAAAGAAAUGGAGUCGCUCAUGGAGGACAUUGGCUCAUGGAUAGAUCAUUGGUCUGCUUGCACCAAUGUGGACGCUCCGACCGACGAGACUGUUGCUCCUCAGCCGGCUGGGGCAUUAGUGAGAGGAUCCCGUCUUGAAUCAGAAUGUCUGAAGCGCGAUGGGAAUAAGUGUGUCGUCACUCGGCGUUUUGUCUACCACUUGAUGAUUGAUGAGCGGAAACGACAGAAGUGUUUUGAGACCUUAUACGGAGUGUGUCCAUACCAUUCCUUUUUCGUUUGGAACAUGGAAAGAUAA